AUUACAAGACUAUUCCGUCUUUGACGCCAUGAAUGCAGAGAGAAUUCAUUAUUAUUAGUUCAACGUGGACAACUUUAUUUUGAGCCUUUUUUCUCAAGACUUCCAUUUCGUUGUUGCAUUGACUAUGAUAGCAAAUUAGAUCUCUCUUUUACUGAUUGCAAAAGUGUGAGAAUUUUUUUAAAAACUUGGAGAGAUUUGAAUCCAUGGCAGCUGCAAGUGGAGUGCGUAGGAUCAAGCUAGGAAGCCAAGGUCUUGAAGUGUCAGCGCAAGGUCUUGGUUGUAUGGGACUUUCCAUCUUCGAUGGAACUACCAAGGUUGAGACAGAUCUCAUUGCUCUCAUUCACCAUGCCAUUAACUCCGGCAUCACACUCCUCGACACCUCCGACAUUUACGGUCCUGAGACCAACGAGUUGCUCCUUGGUCAGGCUUUGAAAGAUGGGAUGAGGGAGAAGGUGGAAUUGGCAACCAAAUUUGGGCUUCUCUUGAAAGAUCAGAAAUUGGGUUACAGGGGAGAUCCAGCCUAUGUGAGAGCUGCCUGUGAAGCAAGCUUAAGGCGUUUAGGAGUUAGCUGCAUAGAUCUUUAUUACCAGCAUAGGAUCGAUACCACUGUCCCCAUUGAAGUCACUAUUGGAGAACUGAAGAAGCUAGUUGAAGAGGGUAAGAUAAAGUACAUUGGUUUGUCUGAAGCCUGUGCCUCGACUAUAAGAAGAGCCCAUGCUGUUCACCCGCUAACCGCUGUGCAGUUGGAAUGGUCUUUAUGGUCGAGAGACGUUGAAGAAGACAUCAUUCCUACUUGCAGGGAGCUCGGGAUUGGAAUUGUAGCUUACAGUCCUCUGGGACUGGGGUUCUUUGCUGCAGGACCAAAAUUCAUUGAGAGUAUGGACAAUGGUGACUACAGAAAGGCAAGUCCAUCACUAUAUGAAUGUUCACCAUCUCUUUUAAGUACAUUCAAGAAAAGAGCCGAGUAUUAAGCACAUUCACCAUCUCUUAAUUUCAGGGUUUACCGAGAUUCCAGCAAGAGAACUUAGACCACAACAAGAUUCUCUAUGAGAAGGUCAAUGCAAUGGCAGAGAAGAAAAGCUGUACUCCUGCACAAUUAGCUUUGGCAUGGGUUCAUCACCAAGGAAAUGAUGUCUGCCCAAUCCCAGGAACCUCUAAGAUCAAAAACCUUAAUCAGAACAUAGGAGCUUUAUCUGUGAAACUCAGUAUCGAAGAGAUGGCCGAGCUUGACGCCAUGGGACAUCCCGAUUCUGUGAAAGGGGAAAGGUCAGCCACCUAUAUAGUUACUUACAAGAAUUCUGAAACUCCACCACUGUCUUCUUGGACUUCAUAAACCAUCUGUAAUAGUUUUACUCUGCCAUCGUGCUGAGCUAUGUUCUGAACUACUUUUCAUCAUCGUCUUUAAGCUACAUUAUUGUUUGUCUGUUUCUGUCUGAAAUUAAUGAAACUUUUU